AUCUCGACCAUGCACUUGAUUCCGGAUGAGCGCGAGAUCCGAGGAUGGACCGACGACGAUGCAUUUCGUGAGCUUUACAUAUUCUGGUUUGAUGCGAUUGCCGAAUCGUUCGGCCUGGAUGGUGGAUUCACUCAAACCCGCCAGGAGACAGCCGAAUCGAUCUUCGUAACAGCGACUGUUCGAGAGGUGUCCGGGUUUCUGGGGUUUAUCGAGUUCUCCAAGAAGAACGGGCGCGUCUCGUUCGUGGCCGCGGACGCUCAUUUGCUUGCGACGAAUGGCGCCGAAGCCAAAGUCAAAGCCCGGGCCCCCGAUUUGACGAUCGAGGAUCUCUUUACCUUCCGGAACGAACGGCUGAAGCUGGCCGCCAUGUCCCUCAGCCGAGACGGGUACCAGGUGUCGAUGGAUGCGCUGGGUCGUUUUUGGCUGUUCCGGUCGCCGCAGGCGGAUUCGCCGCUCCUCUGUGAAACCGGAUACCUGGAUCGGACCACCGUUGUUGCUCUCGGGAAACAGGAGCAAGACGCCAAGCCCCUUCUAGUGAUGAAAGCGCGGGAGUCGAGGGAUGUUGCCAUUUUUCUGGAUUCGGACUCCACCCAUAUUACCAAGGUUACUUUCGGACUCUGGAUGGGCAAUACGACCCUGGAGAUCGGUGGAGUGAGAACCUCGUGGGACACCAUCACGACUGACUAUGGAGACAUCCUGUUCUACCCGAGGUACGCGAACCGAUUGUUCCUCGAGGGAGUACAUUUACCCGAGACCACGCUGGGGAAAGGAAUGUUCAAAUAUGGCUACAAUUUUCGCCGUGCUGCGGUCUCAGAGAGCAGAAGAAGCCUCACCGACUCGAACGCAGAAGCUCAACGGAUCUGUAAUAUCUGGAAUGUUGCCAUCGAGCAGCAGCACGACGACGCGUUGUCCACGUACGCGCACUUGCAUCUCGAC